ACAGCAGCGGCAGAGCAGGAAGGAGAGUAGACCGCUGGCUAAAAUAAAUAGAAAAAGAAUUUAAACAAUGAAACCGUCGAUGAGUGCAUUGCAGUUCACUAGUAAAUAAACUGGUUUGUUCAUAUAUUUAUUCAAUGACGUAACAUUCUUCAGUUAAAGCACUAAAGGUUAGCAGCUUGCUAGCAAGAGAGGGCUGUGUCAUUGAGAAGGCAGGACACGUCAAGACGAGGAAGAAAAAGCUGGGAAGCUACUGCUAGCCAGACUUGAUAUUCUUGGGAGAUACAAAAGCUACAUUCUCUCGCUGGUUACAUAAAUCAUUUUAACUGGUUCAGAGUAGUCUACGUUUGUUACAUCGGAACGGACCGUCUCCCAGUCGUCGCUUGGAUCAAGGGUAGCCAGUAAGGACAGAAUAUCGUGUGGCAGUCUUAACUGGAAAACAUAAAUGGGGGAUUACGGGUUUGGAGUUUUAGUCCAAAACAACCCUGGCAACAAGUCUGCUUUCCCGGUACGAAUUCACCCACACCUGCAACCUCCGCACCACCACCAGAAUGCGACACCUAGUCCUGCUGCUUUCAUAAACAGUACCACCGCCGGGAAUGGCAGCAACAGCGGCUCUCCCUGGCUGUUCCCCGCAGCCACUGCCCACAGCAACAUGCAAGAUGAGAUCCUGGGCUCAGAGAAGCCCAAAGCCCAGCAGCAAGAGCUGCAGGAGACGCAAGAGAAGCAGCAGCUCUCCCCGGGGCACCAGGAGAGCGGCAUCAUCUCUGAGCUGGAGAAGGCCCGGUCGGAGGAGAGCAAAGUGGACAGCGGCACCUCGGAAAUCACCAACGGCAAGGAGAAGCUCCGUCUCGAGUCCCCCGUUCUGACACCAUUCGACUACCCAGAGCCGUCUGGGCUGGGCACGGGAGUCCAAACAAGCACCUCCUCCUCCCUGACGAGCUUCAACAACUGGUCAGCUGCCAUCCCGCCGGCACCCUCCACCAUCAUCAACGAGGACAUCGGCUUCUUCAACCCAGCCGCGUCCGCCAGCAGCGGCCCACUCCUGUUCCAGAACUUCUCGCACCACGUGGGCCCAGGCUUCGGCGGCAACUUCUCGCCGCAGAUUGGCCCGCUGUCCCAGCACCACCCUCCUCCACCCCACCCACACUUCCAGCACCCCCACAGCCAGCACCAGCAGCAGCGCCGCUCGCCGGCCAGCCCACACCCACCGCCCUUUCCCCACCGCAGCGCUGCACUUGGCCAGCUGCCGCACCUCUCCGGCAACCUGAGCAAGCCACCUUCGCCCUGGGGCGGCUACCAGAGCCCCUCUCCUUCACCCUCCUCUGCCUCAUGGAGUCCGAGUGGCGGCUACGGCGGCUGGGGUGGCUCACGUGGUAGUGACUUCCGCCGCGGCCUCAACGGCGGCAUGACACCAUUGAACUCCAUCUCGCCACUGAAGAAGACCUUCCCCAACAACCACGCACCUUCACAGAAGUUCUCUCGCACCAGUCCCGGCUUCAACCCCAAGUCUUGGAUGGAUGAAAGCAUCAACAGGAGUGAGAACAUCUUCCCUUUCCAGGAGCGCACUCGAUCAUUCGACGGCUUCAACAUGCACACCCUGGAGAACUCGCUCAUCGACAUCAUGCGGGCUGAGCAGGACACUCUGAAAGGUCGCCUGGGAUUCGCCCAUCCAGGAGGAGACAGCCCUUUGCCCAUAAAUGCAAGGAAUUAUGGGAGGCGACGAGGCCACUCGUCACUGUUCCCCAUGGAGGACGGCUUCCCUGACGAGGAGAGGGCCGAGCAGAACCUGCCUGGCCUGGGCUCCCCCCACUGCUUCCCACACCAGAACGGGGAGAGGGUUGAGCGCUACUCCCGCAAGGUCUUUGUGGGAGGCCUCCCUCCCGACAUAGAUGAAGAUGAGAUUACUGCUAGUUUCAGGCGCUUUGGGCAUCUGUUUGUGGACUGGCCUCACAAGGCUGAGAGCAAAUCUUACUUUCCACCAAAAGGUUAUGCGUUUCUCCUGUUCCAAGAUGAGAGCUCUGUUCAGGCUCUGAUUGAUGCGUGCAUCGAAGAAGAUGGCAAGCUCUACUUGUGUGUGUCCAGCCCCACCAUUAAAGACAAACCUGUCCAGAUCCGCCCCUGGAAUCUGAAUGAUAGUGACUUUGUGAUGGAUGGAUCUCAGCCGCUGGAUCCCAGGAAGACCAUUUUUGUGGGUGGAGUACCACGCCCUCUUCGUGCAGUGGAGCUGGCUAUGAUCAUGGACAGGCUGUAUGGCGGAGUGUGCUACGCAGGCAUCGACACAGACCCAGAGCUGAAGUAUCCUAAGGGUGCAGGGCGGGUUGCCUUCUCUAAUCAGCAGAGCUACAUUGCUGCUAUCAGUGCUCGCUUCGUCCAACUGCAGCACGGAGAAAUCGAUAAACGGGUGGAAGUGAAGCCAUACGUCCUGGACGACCAGCUAUGUGACGAGUGCCAGGGAACCAGGUGCGGGGGCAAGUUUGCGCCGUUCUUCUGCGCCAAUGUCACCUGCCUCCAGUACUACUGUGAAUACUGCUGGGCGGCCAUCCACUCCCGCGCCGGCCGCGAGUUCCACAAACCCCUGGUGAAGGAGGGCGGGGACCGACCGCGCCACAUCUCCUUCCGCUGGAACUGAGGUGACAGGCAGUGAGGGAGGUAGGGGGGGAGAAGGCUAGGAGUCGCAAAACCAUCGUCUAAAUAAAUGCACUUUUCUGUUGCUGGUUCCUUUUUAAUUUAAUUAAAAAAAGUUUUAAUUUGUCAUUUAAUAUAAAGUUUAAAAAAAAGAAAAUAAAACAACAAAAAAUGGAUGUGUAUCCAAAAAUAUUCAGGAAGAAAAUGGAUUGUGUAAUACAGCUCUAUUUUUUGGUAAUUUCAGUCAAUUUAAUUUUUUGUGCACAGAAAUAUGAAAAUACGGAGUGUUAGUAUCAUUUGUCAUUGGAUGUCUGUAUGACUGGAAUUGGCUUUAUGUUCCUUGAAUUGGAUAUUUGUUUUUUAUUUUGAUUUGAUUCCAAAAGCUACAGAGCAGACAUGGUAACAACAGAAGGUGCUGCUGAUGAAGAGUGCACUUAUUUCUCUGAACAGAGUGCAGAUGCAGUGUAAGAUCCCAGUGUUUUAACCAAAGCAUGAUAAAAACUGGUAUUUAAGAACAGCAAAACAAACACAAACAAACAAACAAACAAACCUUCAGAAAAGUGGAUUCUCUCAACAGAGCAAAUGAUUGAAGAUCUUGUAAUUUAAGACCAUGCUAAUGUCUAAUGCUUUUUGGCACCAACUGAUUCUAUAUCAGAUGUCUGGGUUUGGUCUCCAUGCAAGUAAACUUAUACCUCAAGCUUAGCUGCUAGUGUAGUGAGUAAGAUGUAGUAACCAAGCUGGUCUCCCCCUUUCCAUGCUGACUACAGAUAUGGGAAAUGACAUCAGCAAAAGGCACAGUUAGAAACGUCACUUUGUCACUUCCUGAUUCUAAAACGUAGAUUCCAGUGAUGUUUGGGAAACUGAACAUGGCAUCCAAGUGGGAAAUGUAUGGCAUGGAAAGGUGCCGUAGUCUGCCUCCAAGCUGGUUCAGCAGCAAGGAAUGUUGGUUCAUUUUUGGCCCAGCUGAUCUGAAACCAGUUUUGAUUUCUCUAAAGCUGUCGGCAGCCAGCAGUUUUUAUUUUGUCUCGCAGUGUGUGUGCAGAUUUCCAAGCCUUUGUCCAGCCAACAAAAUGUUCAACCUGAAAAGACCUGUAUAUAAUAAGAAAAGUGUUGAAGACACUUCAGAGAAAAAAGAAAAAAAAAUUUUGGAAUCAUAUACCUCUUGUUCUGCAGCACCUGUGCCCACUCAGCCUGAGUUUGAAGCAUAACUGAAGGUAGUUCACGCAUCGCUCCACUCUCUUCACAUUGCCCCCCAAUCCCACACAUGCAGGUCUCUCACUCUGACCUGCAUCAUAGAGGUUUUACUUUCAGACAUUAGGGAACCAAAGAUGGCUUUGUAGUAGUGAGCAAGACCAUGGCUCACUUAAUUUUUUUUUUUAAUUCUUUUUUUUUUUUUUUUGGUCGUGGUUGUUUUGGUUUUCCUCUUCCAAACAAGUUUUAUUUCAGUUUAUGAUUUGUGCCCCUCACCUCAUCCCCUUUGAUAUUUAAGACCAGAUGAACUCCAGCAAACCAAAGAUUGGCCUUGAAUUAAUAAGCAUGCAGUCAAAAUCCAGAUUAACACUAGUGAAAACCACUGAGCCCAGUGCACACUGGCCUUUCUGCAAAUCCACCCGCUUCUUUUCCAAAGGUCAAAAAAACAAACAAAAAAACAAACAAAAAAAAAAAAGCAAGGAGGCAUGUGUUGUAUUGUUUUGAGGAAUUUAUGCUAGUUGUCAGGUUUCAGAGGCAAAGUAUAAUGCUUUGAACACGGCACCCAAUUUGGUUGAUGAUCACAAGCUUUCAGCGUCUGAUUCUGCUAGCGUAAUAGUCAGGGAGAUAGUGAUGAAUUAUAACUUGAUACACUAGUGAGAAACUUAUCCUCGUGUUGGCUUGAUGGUGUCCUAGUGCACCCCUUCAGCACCAUCACUUAAGCUUGUUGGUGUGGUGAUUGAACAUUUUACAAGUUAAACACUUUUUGAAGAAUUUGCUGUUAAUGAGAUGAUAAAGAUUAUUUUAUACAUGGCCUGCUGAUUUUUGGUACAGUGUUUUCUAGCUAAAUUAUUUUGUCAUGCACAUAUAAACAUUUAUUAUGCACUACUUUUCUAAAUACUUUUUUUUUCCAACAGUCAUUUUAGGCACAUUUUUCACAAAUGGGAAAACUCCUUUUUGCAAUACCUCAAUUUUUCACAUUGUGAAAGGUAGCUUUUGUACUUUUGUUACUGAGAGAUCUGCAUAUAUGGAAAUUUUCAUUUAAGAGAAAAAAGUUGAGUGAUUUUAAUAUAUAUUAUUUUCAAUUAUGCUUUUUAUACAUUUCAGUGCUGAGGAAUCUUUACAACUAAGCGCACACUUGCGUUGAUGCGACUUCAAAUCUGCAGAGGAAAGAUCAAAAUAUAUCACUUAAGGUCUUGGAUCUUGUACACUAGAUUUUAAUGACAAAAUAUAUAUAUAUUUAAAAAAGUCAAACAGCAGCAUGGCAAGAACAAGUUGUCAUUAAAUUAAUGUUAAUAUUAAAAAUGGUUAUCCUAGUUGGAAAAAGGUAAACUCGUCUUUUGGUUUCCUCUCCAUAGCUGGAAUAUAAACUAUACUAUAAGGAGAAUGCUAAAUUUGGUUCAUCUUUAGGCUGACUCUCGUAUCACAAGAAUGGAUGUUUGAUGUUUAGAUAUUUUAACAUUUGAAAAUAUAUAUUCUUGAACUGCCAACUAGCUCCUAUUGUAAUCCUUAGCAUGCAUGAUGAGAAAAAAGUACAUGAAUUAGCUAUUAAAAUUAAUUGUUGUGGUUGUGCACCAGAUGUUUCUAAACUUUAAUUUGUUAAAGACACCCCACACCCUGCAACCCCCCCACCCCCCCGUAUGUUAUUCUCUAUGCCUUCCCCAUAAUCCAGUAUCUUCAGGAUGCACAGAAAAAGAAAACAUUUAAGCGAAGAGAGAACUCUAAAAAUCAAAUUAGCAGUGCAGGAAGAGAGCAUCUUAUCGGACGCUGUCGAAAAGACUUGAGAACUUCAUCCCUACUGUCUGUUUGAAGUAAAAUCAAACCUUAUUCGGAGGAAGGGGAACUUUAAAGACUUGAAUGUGGUAAAUGUUGCAAGUUAACUUCGAGUUGUUAUGUGCAAUACUUUUUUUGAACUUUUUCCAGAUAAAGACUCUUUGCAAUGUAAUUCUUUAAUGCCAUUUUUAAUUGCUGACAUUUAAAGAAGAUGUUAAUAUGUUUUUCACAGUCAUUUUCUACUGUUAUUGUAAUCCUUUUCAUGCUGGUGUUUGUAAAAAAGAAAAGAAAAGAAAUCAAACUAUUUGUACUAAUAUAAAUAAUUGAAGUUAUUUUUAAAACAUUAAAAGUUUUGUGCUCAUUUGCUUAUUUUGUUUAUUUCAAGCUACUGUGAUUGAUUGCAUUGUAAUUAUUAGGUCAAUAAUGUAUUUAGCUGUUUAUUGGUAUAUUUUUAAUUGGAAUGUAUAAUUAAUUUUUAUAAUUUUGAUCAGAUUUUUGUUAUAUUUUUGAGGUGAAGCUUUUAAUAUGUUAAAGUGUCUAGUUUUUACUAAUUGCUAUAUUGUGCUCCACAAUAUAUGGUUCACAUUUUCUGAAGGAAAAUAAAUAUUUAAAUAUCUGUCUGUUAAUGAUGUUACUUAAUGGCAAAAUUUCAAUAGUUUUUAACUGUGUAUGGGAAGGUUGUUGUAUUUAUUAAUAGCAUUUUUUUACUUAAGAUAUCACCUUAAUUUUUAUUGUCAUUUCACUUUAUAAGUUCCUAUUUUUGUAUUUUUCUUUCUAAUUAAGUUAUGUUAUACAAAUGUCCAUAUUCUAGGAGUUGGUCUGUAAGUGCUAGUGAAACAAAAAGAAAAAUCUAAUGUUAUUUAAUUGUUUGCAGCCAACUAUUUAUAACAAUAUGCAUAAUUUUUAAAUAUUUGUAAUGUGAAAUGUUGAAUGAAUAAAUCUUAACUGUGACAUCAAGGUCA